CAAAAGCACUCUGUCCAGUCUGUCCUCUGCGAAGUAGAUUGACGGCGCGCAUCUCCGGUUUUCUCUGCUGUGGGACACACAAGGACGUGUGAGGGCUAAGAGAUCUCAUGUUCGAUUCUGCGCUGCACGUGCGGUAGCGGCGUGGGGAUCGAGUCAACGCAGAUGUCAUCUUUGAGACAGGAGGCUCCAGCGUGACCUGGAACUGCGACACAGGCCUCUGUCAGAUGACAAGGAAACUUGACAAUACUUCCAACAUGACGACGGUUGAUACUUCUGCCGGCACUGCUGCUCGCGCACAGCAAGAGCUUGGACAGUCCAUCGACGAUCUGACCAAAACUCCGGCGAGCGACGCGUUUCGCUUCACGGAGCUGGAGAAGAAAAUUCUGGAGCUAUGGGACAAAAUUGAGGAUCUGCGCUUGGAGAGACAUGUCCUCGAGGCGCAGCACGAAGCUCAGUCGUCACAAGAUGAAGACCUGUCGGCACUCUCUGAUGCCGAAGUGCAGACCGCGCUUUCGCAGGCAGAACGUGAUCUUCUGACAGCACGCUCGACAUAUUCCAUCAGGCAAAACAUCAUUCAGAACGUUUUAAUUACAGAUCCGAUCCUCAAAUCUAUUCACUUGAGCUCCAACACGACGUCCCUAGAGCGUCGGCUGUUGCCUCUUGUCCAUGAGCGUGAUGUUCUCACUAUGCUGUCGUCCACCCUAUACUCUCGCUUACGAAAGCUGCGUCAAAAGUUUUACAAAUUGGAGACAAAGAACAUAGAGAUCAUAGAGUCAAACAGGUCGAUCUCGAAGCGAAUGCUCGAGCUGGCUAACGAUGUGAAAAUACGGAAAAUCGAAGACGUGACAGAUGAGCGGGCGAGAAAGCAGCUUGAGGAUCUGGAUGCGGAGGUUAGAAGGGCAGCAAAGGAAUGGAGGGUUUGGAAGUCCGUAGCUGGCGCUGUAGUUGUUGCAAGCGGAAUUGAUUGGGCUGAGGAUCCGGAAUUGCUCGAGAUCGUUAUGGACGAAGAAGAUGAGAUGGAAUCAUUGUGAUUGCACGCUGUUUCAAUGGCAUUCGGCUAGAUCACGAAAGUUUGAAUUGUGCGUUCGAUUUGUACUGCUAAUCCUAUACAUCUAGGAGAAUCAUAAGUUAUCGAUGCUGACCUGAAGGUUCCUGAACACAGCGCAGCAAGGAGCAGAGUUGAUGACGGACGAAAAGAAAGUCAACGAGGCAGCUUUGUUCUAAGUGAGCAAGAUGGUUAGGUUGAACAUAUUUCGAGUUGGCUAGGACAUCCCAAGCAUUAUGAAGAAGCUUUAAUGGUCAAGAACCUGGGCAUAAAACAAGCUUGCAACUCGACAUCCCAAAGAAUUCGAAAAUAAUGGCAUGAUGCGAUCGGUCCGGUUCAUCGUACAUACAUAACUCGAUAGAGAAGAGCUGCCUUUGAUGGUCCAUAAAUAGAUGAAGCGCUCCAUCAUGCUAUGAAAUUCGGGGCAAGAACCCGAAUAGAAAGCGCUAUGCGAUUUGGGAGUGGUUUAAACGCACGUUGCACUGCGAUCCGACUACUUCAGCC